AUGUCUGGAACCAGCAACGUCGGGAACAGCAGUGUCUACGAAGCCGGGGACCAGGUAUGGAUGCCCCCAUCUAUUCAUUGCAGCUGUUCCUGUACUGAUGACAUGGACCCAAAGCGCAACGUCCCGCAGUCCGAGAUCAACGAGCGCGAGCGCUACAAGGAAGGCCAACCCAACUCGCACAAAGCCCUCGACAGCAAGGACGAGCGUUCCAUCGCCAACAAGCUCGGGCGUGAGGAGAAGCGUCUGGGCGAAUCGGAAGGCGAGAAGAGCCAGGAGGCCCUGGAGUCGAAGAAGGAUUCCACUCUGCCGGUACGUAUGAUUAUAUCUUGCAUAUGAGAGAAGAUGAUGAAUUUGGGAGACACUUUUUGCUGAUGAUUGCGAUAAGGCGAUAAACCACGGCAACGCACCGUCCAAGGGCGCCAAGAUCGACCAGGAAUUGAAGGAGGAAGAGGCUGAGAUUCUCAAGCAGAAGGGCGAGUUCGGCCCGAGCAGUGGUAAGAACUAA